AUGGAGAGGAACGAGCAUCACGAUAAGAGUGAUAAUAGCACAUCUGAUGAUGAAAUAUUGAUUGAAAAUAUUAAGAAAAAAAACUGCUGCAUCAAAUUAAAGGACUCGAAACAAAUAAAUGAAAGCAAAAAGGAGGAGACGAAAUUGAAGAAGGUUGUGAAGAGCAAUAGUAAGACAGUUUUGAAGAAAGAGGCGAGCACCGUUAUUCGAAAGGCGAAGUCGAAAACGAGUACGAAGGAAAGCAAAGAGGCUCUCUUAAAUGAAUGUAAAGUGGUGAAAAAAGGUAAGGCAUCCUCCAACACGGGGGAUACAGCUAAGGAAAAACCCACUACUAGCAACAACAAGACAGAUAAAAAAAACGCCGUGGUGAAAAAAAGAAAAUCAAAUGUAAAGGAAAAAAAAGACACUGAUGGGAAGCCCGCAGCCGCCAAAGUUGUAAAAAAGAGAGAAAGCAAAGUUAAGAAAGAAACAAAUAAAAGACCCAAAAAGGUAGUUAAAAAAACAGAAGAAAAUUUCGAACCCAUAAAUAGAUGGUGGGAGAAGAUAGAUCAUCAAACUGAUAUUCAGUGGCAUUACUUAGAGCACCGGGGUCUUAUUUUUUCCCCCCCAUACGUACAACACCAUAUUCCCAUUUUUUAUAAAAGCAUAAAAUUACAGUUAAAUGAAAAAGCAGAGGAGUUAGCUACCUACUGGUGCAGCGUAAUAGGCAGUGAUUACUGUACCAAGGAAAAAUUCAUAUUAAAUUUUUUUAGAACCUUUAUAUAUACCUUAGAGAAGGAUAACAUCAUAAGACAAGAAAAUGAAAGCAAAUUGAAAAAAGGAGAUAUAUCCAACUUUAAAUUUAUUGAUUUCAUGCCAAUAAAAGAUCACCUAGUUAAGCUAAGAGAAGAAAAACUUAAUAGAACGAAAGAAGAAAAAGAAGAGGAAAAAAAAUUGAGGUCAGAAAAAGAACUACCAUAUACAUACGCCCUGGUUGAUUGGAUUCGUGAAAAAAUUUCAAGCAACAAAGCGGAACCGCCUGGUCUAUUUAGAGGUAGAGGUGAACACCCAAAGCAAGGGUUGCUGAAAAAAAGAAUAUUCCCAGAAGAUGUCGUCAUAAAUAUAAGCAAAGAUGCCCCUGUCCCUCGAUUGUACGAUGACAUGUGUGGUCACUGUUGGGGAGACACUUACCAUGACAAUAAAGUAACGUGGCUAGCAUACUACAAGGACAGUAUAAACGAUCAGUUAAAGUAUACCUUUUUAUCUGCCCAAUCUAAAUUUAAGGGCUAUAAAGAUUUUCUCAAGUACGAGAAUGCAAGGAAGCUAAAAUCAUGUGUUCAUAAAAUUAGGGAAGAUUAUAGACACAAAAUGAGGAGCAAAAGCAUCCUGGACAAGCAGUUAGGUACGGCCGUUUAUUUGAUAGACUUUUUGGCCUUAAGAGUGGGGGGGGAAAAAGACAUAGAUGAGGAAGCGGAUACGGUGGGCUGCUGCAGUUUGCGGGUCGAGCACGUUAGCUUUUCUCACGAGGUGCCCAUUAAGAAUGAGAGCUUGCGGGGGGAAAACGUCAAGGGGGAGAAGAUCAAGGGGGAGAAGAGCAAGAAGGAGAAGAACAGUGGGGAGAAGAACAGUGGGGAGAAGAACAAUGGGGAGAAGAACAACGGGGAGAAGCACAAUGGGGAGAAGAACAAGGUGAAAAACACCAGUGGAGAAACCUUCAACGGGGAAUCUACCUCAAACGAAAGUGACAACAAAGGCAGCAACAAACUGGCGCUGCCGAAAAAUUUACAGGACAUAGCGGAAGACCAGUGCUAUAUAACUCUUGAUUUUUUAGGAAAAGACAGCAUUCGCUAUUUUAAUACGGUAAUGCUGGACAAACAAGCAUACAUCAACAUGAUAAUAUUUUGCAAAAACAAACACAAAGAUGAAGGGGUGUUUGAUCAAAUUAACUGCUCCAAAUUAAAUGAUUAUUUAAAAGAAAUUAUGCCGACGUUGUCGGCAAAGGUCUUCCGUACGUACAACGCGUCAAUUACCCUAGAUCAGCAGCUGAAAAGGAUAAAAGAAAUUCGGGGCAAACCAACGGACCCGCUGCUCGCAUGCUAUGAUGAUUUUCCAAAGAAGAAAAAGAGGAAGCUCGGAAACUUAACUUCGUCAACCAGUAUUCUAAGCGACACAAGUGACUCCACGCAAAAGGAGAGAAGCGCAGAUGGCGAGGAGGAGGAGGGGGAGAAGAAGAAGAAGGACAACAAGAAGAACAACAAGAAGAAUAACAAUGGAGACAACGAAACAGGCGACAAUGCGCCGAGUGACAACGCGCCGGGUGGCAACGCCCGUGGCGAUAACAGUGCAGCACCCCCAAGCAGAAGUAACACCAACGCUUUGGGAGGCAUCCACGCUAGUGAGAAAAACUCGCCCAUAGAAGUGGACGUUUCAAAUGUGAACGAACUCAUCAACUUUUUCAACAACGCCAACAGAGAAGUUGCCAUUUUGUGUAACCAUCAGAGAAGUGUCCCAAAGCAACACGACACAGCCAUGUCCAAAAUAAAGAAGCAAAUAGAAAUUUACAGCGAAGAUAUAAAGGAGUAUAAAAAAUAUUUACAGUACCUGAAAAAGGGAACAAACGAGCAAAGCUUCACCUUUGUGUCCAAGGUUGUUGCCUUAGAUGGAUCGUUAAGACCCAACAAGGUGAAGGAAAACAUGAAAGAGGAGUCUUGCAAGAAGAAACUAAUUGCGCUCAUUAAGAAAGUGGAGCAAUUAAAACACCAAAUGAAGGUACGUGAUGACAACAAAACAAUUGCCCUAGGGACGUCUAAAAUAAAUUAUAUGGACCCAAGAAUAACUGUCGCCUUCUGCAAAAGGUUUGAAAUACCGAUAGAGAAAAUAUUUAAUAGGAGCUUAAGGCUUAAAUUUCCCUGGGCAAUGUUCAAUGCAAUACAAUCGGUCAUAUCUUGA